GAUGGGAUGAAAUACGUAGAGCUCGUUUUACAGCGGCAACUGGACCGUGAAGACCAGCCGGAGAUUAAUUUGCUCCUGACUGCCACCGACGGGGGCUCGCCGCCCAGGACAGGCACGGCUCAGGUCCGGAUCGUGGUGAUGGAUGCCAAUGACAACAGUCCCAUCUUCACUCGGGAAGUCUACGAGGUACGUCUGGCCGAGAACAGCCCGCCGGAGCAGCUGGUGGUCAGAGUCGUGGCCGAGGAUCCCGAUGAAGGGACGUUUGGCAAAGUGCGGUAUGCCUUCACCCAGACGUCGAAGCGAUCUCGACAGCUCUUUCAGAUGAACGCUGACACCGGCGAAAUAUGGAUAUCGGGCAAUCUGGACUUUGAGGAAGAGAAAAAACACGAAAUGGUGGUGAGAGGCACCGACGGCGGAGGACUGUCUGCGCAUUGCAAAGUGCACGUGGAGGUCCUGGACGUGAACGACAACGUCCCGGAGAUAGCGCUCACCUCCAUUUCCGCAUCCAUUCCCGAGGAUGCCCCGCCCCGGACCGUGGUGGCUCUAUUUAGAGUGCGGGACCGAGACUCCGGGGACAACGGGAGGACGGAAUGUGCGAUAGACGGGGAGCUGCCCUUCAGUCUCACACCCACUUUCGAUAAUUACUAUGAGCUGCGAACAGAAGCGGCGUUGGACAGGGAGAGGACGCCAGAGUACAACAUCACCAUCACAGCAGUUGACUGGGGCACGCCGCGGCUGAGCUCUCAGGAAAACAUCUCCGUGCAGAUAUCCGAUGUGAACGACAACCCCCCGCAGUUCACGAAGGCCAUUUACACGAUGUCAGUGAAGGAGAACAACAGCCAUAUGCUCCGCAUUGGCAGCGUGAACGCGACGGACGCUGACGCGGGGAAAAACGCCCGCGUGACCUACGCACUGGUGCCGGAGCAGGGGAAGGAGAAGCCCAACGUGUCAGUCAACUCUGAGAACGGUGAAAUUUAUAUCCUCCGCCCGCUGGACUACGAGAAUGUGCACGCCUUCCAAGUGGCCGUGCGCGCCACCGAUGGCGGAUCCCAGCCGCUCAGUGCCCAGGAAGCGGUCUGUUUCUCAGCUUUGCACUCAGAAAAUAUCCACGUCCUUCGGCACGUCAGCCGCCGGGUGCCGCUGCUGACCGCGAAGGCGUCGCGCAGAUCCCGGUCGCCGCCGCCUCCGCGCAGCUCGGCCAGAUAA